AUGUUCGAGGAUGUCCGAACCUUCGUCGAUCAUCACGCACAAGCUCUGCUUUCGAUGAAAGAGGAACGUCGAGAGGCAGCUCUCGCCCCGGAAACAAAGUCCCGCAUGCCGAAGCCCAUCGACGCUCGACCAAAAAGCGUCGCUUCGAAACCACUGACCAGCCAUAACGUCGUGGUGACAACCGACUCGGCUCCGAAAGAAAAACGGCCGAGUGCGGAAAACGACGGGCGAGUCAGGCAAGUGCGGGUGGAAGUGUGCGGAUUCUGCUCUGGGCAACACAGCCUGCCACAAUGCAACCAUUUCAUGGUGUUGUCGGCGAACAUGCGCAGUCAGUACAUUCGAAAUCGACUAUGGUGUGUACGCUGCCUAGCUAGCUCCCACCCUACCGAGCGUUGCCCAAGACCCCAAGUAUGCAACCAGUGUAGUGGGAAGCACCAUUCCCUACUGCACUGUAAUUACAAUUGGGACCAGAAGAAUGCGAGGCCGCCAGCACGAAAUUCAUUUGGCCGGCGUGACGAGAGCGGUUUUAACGCUCAACCACGGAAACCGACCAAGUCAAAGCCAAGAGAAAAAAGUACGGCUUCACACGCACAAGACAAACAUGCCUCGACAUCACACUGUACCGCGAUCGGUACAGGCGCACCGAGGCCUGUUGUGCUAGCCACUGCACGAGUACGCGUGUUUGGCGAGAACGGUGCGUCGCGGAUUGCGCGAGCACUGUUAGACCAAGGUUCGGAGACAUCAUUCGUCUCCGCGGGGCUGGCUAAUGACCUCCAAUUAAAACGCAUACGUACCCCAGCCACGGUAUCAGGCUUGGGGGGCGGCGAAACGCAAAAAAUCAAAUUCAGCGUUGGAUUAAACCUCGGCCCGGUAAAAGGGACGAAACCGAUAUGUGUCGCUUACGCGUACGUCGUGCCGAAAAUCACGACCUACCGCACACCGUCGGCGAACGCGCUUGUUUACACUGCGUUCCGAGGUUUACCGUUAGCCGAUCCAGAAACCAGGGCCGAUCCUACGAUCGAAAUUCUGAUCGGAACGGAUUUAUAUGCUCAGGUGAUGCGACCGGGCUUCCGACGAGGGGCGAAUGAAGGUCCGAUCGCCCAAGAAACGGCGUUUGGCUGGGUUAUAUCCGGCCCUAUACACGCUGAGGGCGACGGCCGGAAUACGGUAAGAACGCUGCAUUGCACCGUUCUCGAAUCGCUGGAUUACGCGAUUCGACGAUUCUGGGAAACCGAAGAAAUCCCCACGACCUCGGUGCGGUCCAAGGCGGAAGAAGAGUGCGAAGCACUCUUCCGAAGAACCGUCAAACGGGACAAAACCGGACGGUUUAUAGUCCGAUUGCCCUUGAAUCACCCGAGACCGGACGAAGCGUUAGGACACUCGUUCCACAUAGCGCUGUCCGCUCUCGCGAGGAUGAGGCGUAAACUGGACACGGAUACGACCCUCGACAGAGAAUACUCUGAGUUCCUCGCGGAGUACGAGUCCUUAGGUCACAUGACUCGGCUUGAGCCGAUUGACCAGAAUCGACUGUACAUUCCGCAUCGAGCGGUCGUACGCACGGAAAGUGCAACGACCAAACUGCGAGUUGUGUUCAAUGCAACCAGCAGAACGGUCGGAGGGCGAUCCCUAAACGACGUCCUGCAUGUCGGACCAAAAUUACAGAACGAUAUCACCUCGGUUUUAACGAGGUGGCGUCUGUAUGAGUACGUUCUGGUGGCUGAUAUCGAGAAGAUGUUUCGACAAAUCCUCGUCGCCCCACAGGAUCGUCGUUUUCCAAUGCAUCGUAUGGCGCGUACCUGA